AUGAAGUUCCGCGAUGGCAUGUGGCUGGUCGCCGAGGGCAAACGACUCGAAUAUGCAGAAGAGUUUUUUUCUAUCAGCGAAGCUCAGGAUGGUAAGAAGAUCGCACUUCUGUGUCCUACCAUGCAGAUCCGGAGCAGAGGUGAUACUCUGAAUCGACCUACCUUGACAGUGGACCUGGAAGCCGUUAUGGACGAUGUAAUCUCUGUCGAAGUCACCCACUGGCAUGGCGCUCUAAACAAAGGUCCACACUUCAACCUUUUUACCUCUGGAAGACCAGAGGUAAAUGCCAGCAUCCAAAAGACAGAACAAGGAACCACCAUCUCAGCUGGCAACCUUUCAGCAACAGUAUCCUCAAAGCCUCAUACCUUCGAUAUUCGCUUCCACAGCAAAGACGGCAAGCACAAACUAACCUCACUAUUAAAUCGUAGUGUGGGAUUUGCCUACGACCCUGCAACCAGCAGUCCUAUGCAGACAGCAGAUAUGCGUGACAUCAAGCAUUAUAUCUUAACCCAAAGCACUUUAGGUGUUGGAGAGCAAAUAUACGGCUUAGGCGAACGCUUCGGAGCCCUCAACAAAGUGGGUCAAUCAAUCACACUCUGGAAUGCCGACGGUGGUACCUCUUCCGAACAAGCCUACAAGAACAUUCCCUUCCUGCUGAGCAGCAAGGGCUACGGGAUCUUCAUCGACACACCGGGAAAGGUAGAUCUAGAAGUCGGGAGUGAAAGAUGCUGCAGACUCCAAACUUCCAUCCAAGGCCAACGCCUAAAAUGGCACAUCAUCUAUGGACCCACCCCAAAAGACAUUCUAGACAAGUACACAACUCUCACCGGCAAACCUGCCAAAGUACCUUCUUGGAGUUUUGGCUUGUGGCUUAGCACUUCCUUCACCACUUCCUACGACGACAAGACCGUUUUAUCUUUUCUCGAAGGCAUGAAAGCCCGCGACAUCCCUGUCCAAGUGUUCCAUUACGAUUGUUUCUGGCUUCGCGCAUUCCACUGGUGCGAUUUUGUGUUUUCUCCUGACCAUUUUCCGGAUCCUAAAGCUAGUAUCUCUCGCCUCAAGGCUUCUGGACUAAUGAAUAAAGUCUGUGUGUGGAUAAACCCUUAUCUCGGUCAAGCAAGUCCCAUCUUCGCAGAAGCGGUUUCCAAAGACUUUUUGCUGAAACGCAAGAAUGGGGAUAUCUUUCAAUGGGAUCUUUGGCAAACCGGGAUGGGUAUUAUCGACUUUACAAACCCGGCUGCUGUUGAGUGGUACACCUCUUGCCUGGAAAAACUAUUCGAUAUCGGUGUCGAUAGUCUGAAAACGGACUUUGGAGAGAGAAUCCCUAGCAAGGAUGUUCAAUGGUUUGACUCCACCGUGGAUCCAGAAAAAAUGCAUAAUUACUAUGCGUAUGUUUACAACAAAGUGGUUUAUGAGGCACUGCAGAAGAGGUUUGGGAAGCAUGAAGCUGUUUUGUUUGCUCGCGCUGCUACGGCAGGAACACAGCAGUUUCCCUUGCAAUGGGGUGGAGAUUGCGAAAGUACAUUUGAAGCAAUGGCUGAAUCUCUGCGCGGUGGCUUGUCCCUGGGUAUGUGUGGAUUCUCCUUCUGGAGUGUCGAUAUCGGUGGCUUUGAGGGUACUCCGGACGCAGCAAUCUACAAGCGUUGGGUGCAGUUUGGACUCCUCUGCUCGCACUCACGAUUGCAUGGUAGCAAUAGCUAUCGCGUUCCUUGGCUGGUGGACGACAACGACGAGAGCGAGCAAGGAUGCAGUGCUGUGCUGAGGAAAUUCACGCAGUUGAAGUGCAGGUUGAUGCCCUAUCUCUACUCAACGGCUAUGGAGAGCAUCAAGCACGGUUGGCCUGUCAGCGUAAGAGCCAUGGCAAUCGAGUUUCCAGAAGACAAGACGGCUUGGCUGUGUGAUCAGCAAUUCAUGCUGGGAUCAAAUCUUUUGAUUGCGCCAGUAUUUGACGAGAGUGGAGAGGUGGAGUUCUAUCUGCCUGCAGGCAAAUGGACUAGCUUCUGGGAUGGCCAGGUUGUUGAAGGACCCAAAUGGGUCAAGGAGACGCAUCAGUUUGACACGCUACCCAUGUAUGUCAGGGAAGGAUCUAUUUUGGUACUUGGCAAGGAAGGAGAGAAGAGAACGACUUGGGACUGGACUAAGGACGUCGAGGUCAAGACGUUCUUCCCUAACGAGAAGUCGUGUUUCAAGUUGGUGGAUCCGGACAAUAAGGAGCUGGCUACUAUCACGGUCGUCAAGGAUGGUAAUGAUUGGAAGGUCAAGGGUGCUGAAGCCUUGGCUUGA